AUAACACCUUAAACCCGUCAUCGAGGUCGUAUUGAAGUGUUCAAUAACAAAUUUCGUAAACGCAUAUUUCCUAUGAAAUAAACCAUGUUGACAUUGUAGUAAAAUACAGAUCAUUGACAUUUUUUCCUUUUGAAAGAUAAUUUCAAAAAGAAAAUGGGAGAAAAAUAAAUGCGCCAGAGUAUUAAAGAAGAACGUGACAGAAUAGACAGUGAAAAAGUAGAGAUCAUUAUUCGAUGUAUGUACGGGAACGAGACAAAGUGGUGGGUAUUUAAAGAGACAAUAGCUUAUGUGGGGGUUCAGAAACAAAUACGAACUUCUCAACCAACCUUUCCAUUUAAAGUCCUUACAACAGAAGCAACUGUUUCAUAGAUAGAAUAGGAGCGCAGUGGACCCGCGAUUAACUCUACAUGGUUCCCAUCAUGGAAAUAGCGAUUCGCCUCUGUAUUGGUAUCUGUCUUAUCCGGGUCGUUCAGUGUCAGGGCCUAGGAGGGAGCCCGCCGACCUACUCAAGAACCCUAGAGACAGACCUUCGGACGGAACUGUUUACCACGGGCUCUUAUUCGGAACUACAACGACCAAAUGAGAGAACGAACGUUGCGGUAUCUAUGACGAUUCUCACUGUCAACGAUCUGGAUAUCAAGAACCAAGUCAUGUCUGUGUCGGGGUACCUGUCACUGGAAUGGACCGAUAGCAGGCUGUCGUGGAGUAACACGUCGGCCACAUCCCAAGACUACUCCAACAUCCGAUUUCUGUUCAGCACCGAGAGUUAUGUAUGGCGUCCGGCCAUCAUCAUAGAGAACUCGGUCGAUGAUAUUUCUGUCAUCAGCGAUAAAAAUAUACCAAUGAGGAUAGCUAGCGGUGGCCGCAUCACGUGGAAUCCCGCGGGAAUAUACCUCGUGGCCUGCAGCUCUGACAUUACCUACUACCCCCUCGACGAGCAGACAUGUUCAGUAAAGGUCAGCACGUGGGGAUACACAAGCAAUGAGAUCUACCUCAAUUUUGAUGCCAAUCCAAUUGAUAUGACAUUCUACAGUGAAAACGGAGAAUGGCUACUUGUAGACGCGAAGGGAGAGAAAUCGAAGGAGCAAGCCCGUGGAGGCCAAACUUUUUCAAGUCUCACAUUCAGCAUAACAUUGCAAAGAAGACCUAUGUUUCACGCUUUAAACACCAUUGUUCCAGUGAUUCUGAUGGCUUUUCUUAUUCCAAUGGUAUAUAAACUCCCGGUGGAUUCCGGGGAGAAAAUCGGAUACUCUCUCACAGUAUUGCUGGCUUAUGCUGUUUACCUGUCGCUGAUUUCGGACAAUAUUCCCAGUACAUCAGUCACCGUUUGUUACCUCACUGUGUUUCUACUCAUCGUUCUGGCUCUGAGUGUCAUUUCUGUUGCCUUCGUGAUACUAGUGAUCGCCACGUAUCACCAUGGUGAUCGUGUCGUCUCUGCACGGCUGGCUCGGAUUGGUCACUUCAUGGCUGUUGCAACAUGCGAUGGAGGUUGCUCCUGCUGUUGCAAAAAGAAACAGCACAAUGACACCGUAAUACCAUUCCAGGAAGAAACAAACAAACUGCCACCGAAAGUCGGGAUCUCGCAGAUAGGCCUUGACGAAUCGGAGACAGAAUCAACGAAAGAAAUGACAUUCCAAGAUUUUUCCAAACUUCUUGACAAAUUUUUAUUUCUUGUGUACAUGUUGAUUGUUUUAUUAACAUCAAUGACUUUUGCAUUGCUUGGCCUGUAUCACUACACUACAUUGUGAUUGGGUCCGGAAGGGCCUUUUUUUUUUUAACAUAUUGGGGAAAUUUGAAGAGGGUGAGUGUACAAAAAACUAAACACUAUAAGCAAAUCCUUGUCGCAUGAUGUGAAGUAAAUUCUCAAACCAAAAUAAUGAAUCUUAACAACACCAUGCUCUCGUUGUUUUCAAAGUAAUUAUACAUGGAUAUGUCAUUACCUUGGUAUCUUAAGUAAAAGAGAAAUAUCCUUUUAACACAUUGAUAUUAAAACAUGUACUAACUUUGGUGACACCCAAAAGAAGCUUGUGUUUGUAAGCAUGAAAGGGGACCAAAUCACCAUCGUAUGAAAUAGAAUGGAAAAGCUCAAUUAAUUAAAAAAAAAAAAGAAGCUUUCAAUAGGCCGAAUAUGGCGUGUGAAACGUUGCAACAUUAUACUAAUCUUGAUUUGUCUUCUACAGUCUUAUCAUUCAUAUGCGAAAAUCUUGAUUUAUAUUCGAUAAUCUUGAUGUUUAUAUGCGAACAAUUUAAUGUACAUUCGAUAAUCUUAAUGCUUAUAUGCGUAAAUCUAGAUUUAUAUUCGAUACUCUUGAUGUUUAUAGGCGUAAAUAUUGCUUUGUAUUUCGAUAAUCUUGAUAUUUGUAUGCGAAAAUUAUCGAAUAUAAAUAUUUAUUGAAUAUAAAUCAAAAUUUAUCAAAUGUAAAUAUGAAGAUUAUCGAAUAUAAAUCAAACUUUUCACAUAUAUAUUAUGAUUGUCGAAUAUAAAUAAAAAUUAAUUCAUAUAAUACUUGAUUUUUAUUCGAUAAUCUUGGUAUUUACGUCCGAAAAUCUUAAUUUAUCUGCGAUAAUCUUGAUAUAAAUAUGCGUAAAUCAUCGAAUGAAAAUAAUAAGAGUAUCGAAUAUACAUAAAGAUUUUUGCAUAUAAAUAUCACGAUUAUCGAAUAUAAAUCAAGUUUUACCCAUAUAAAUCACGAUUUGUGUAAUAUUGAAAUGUUUUACAUAGCCGAAACCGAUACCCGCACAACAUACGUUCCGGAGAAAUGCCUAUAUAUUAAAGGGGAUUUUUAAGGUCGUUCAUAUUUCAAAUUACUGCUGUACAAUUGCAUUGCAUGAUGGAACGUGGACUAGUUAUUGAAAGAAUGCCAGUAGAAACCAAUCUGAUUAAAAUAAGAUCUUUGAUCCGCUCCGUUAUUGUUAUGUCGCUACACAGCAAUUUUAAUCAGAUUGAGUAGGAACAGGCUUGAAAUCAAUUGUUUAUUUGUUAAGUUCACUUUAUUCUGUUUUGUCAUAUUCAUAUAUUUAGUAACAGUUAGCAAUGGAUUGGAUAAUACACAAAGAAAUGAUAGGUUUAUCUGAACAUCAGAUCUAACGGAAUCUUGUCAUAGUUUGUAACAUCGAUAUCAACUGUAAUAAAACACUGGGUAAAAUG